GCCGAGGACUCUCCGCCUGGAUCACACCUACCUGACGAAGGCCUUGCAGUAAGACAAGAAGAAGACUGAGGGGAGAGGAGCCAUGGCUUCGGAUGCCAGUCACGUGCUAGAAGCUGCCCUGGAGCAAAUGGACGGGAUCAUUGCAGGCACUAAAACAGGUGCAGAUAUCGGUGACAGUAGCUGCGAGCCUGCACUGGCCUCUCCGGCCUCCCACACGAACCCUUUCCCAGUGCUCCAUCUCGUUGAGGACUUGAGACUGGCACUGGAGAUGCUGGAGCAUCCUCAGGAGAGAGAAGCCCUCCUGAGCCAGAUCCCGGGCCCCACAGCUGCCUAUAUAAAGGAGAGCUUGGAAGAAAAACUUUCCCAGGUGAAUCACCACGGUGCUGCUAGUAAUGAAACGUACCAGGAACGCUUGGCACGUCUAGAAGGAGAUAAGGAGUCCCUCAUUUUACAGGUGAGUGUCCUCACAGACCAAGUGGAAGCACAAGGAGAAAAGAUUCGGGACCUGGAGGUGUGCCUGGAAGGACACCAGGUGAAACUCAAUGCCGCCGAAGAGAUGCUUCAACAGGAGCUGCUAAGUCGCACAUCUCUUGAGACCCAGAAGCUUGAUCUGAUGACUGAAGUUUCUGAGCUGAAACUCAAGCUGGUUGGCAUGGAGAAGGAGCAGAGAGAGCAGGAGGAGAAGCAGAGAAAAGCAGAGGAGUUACUGCAAGAGCUCAGGCACCUCAAAAUCAAGGUAGAAGAGUUGGAGAAUGAACGGAAUCAGUAUGAGUGGAAGCUGAAGGCCACUAAGGCUGAGGUAGCCCAGCUGCAAGAGCAGGUGGCCCUGAAGGAUGCAGAAAUUGAGCGCCUGCACAGCCAGCUCUCCCGGACUGCAGCCCUGCACAGCGACCACGCAGAAAAAGACCAAGAAAUUCAACGUCUGAAAAUGGGGAUGGAAACUUUGCUUGUUGCCAAUGAAGAUAAGGACCGUCGGAUAGAGGAGCUCACAGGGCUGUUAAACCAGUAUCGGAGGGUGAAGGAGAUCGUGAUGGCAACUCAAGGGCCUGCAGACAGAACUCUCUCAAUCAAUGAAGAAGAACUCGAGGGAAGUUUCCGAAAGUGGAACAGUACAAACAAAGGCCCUGACGAAUUACUUAAGCCAGAGAUGCCUCCAAGAUGUAGCUCUCCCACCGCGGGGCCACCUCCACUCCCACAGAAAUCACUGGAAACCAGGGCUCAGAAAAAGCUCUCAUGUAGUCUAGAAGACCUGAGAAGUGAACCUGUGGACAAGUGUGUCGAUGGGAACCAGCUCUCCCCAGUGAUAGAACCCAAGGACGGCCCUUUCCUGGCAGAGCACAAAUACCCCACAUUACCUGGGAAGCUUUCGGGAGCUACACCCAAUGGAGAGGCUGCCAAGUCAACUCCCAUGGCCUCACAGCCCGACCCCACAGGGGGCAGCCUGCUCAGGCUGAAUCGUGGCCGGAGUGUCAGUGCCCCCGUAUUAGGAGACACAGAAAGUGGUUGGGAUGACACUGCUCUGGCCAAUGACCUCUCAUCCACAUCAUCGGGCACUGACUCAAGCCCCCAGUCUCCCCUGACGCCAGAUGGUAAACGGAGCCCCAAAGGCAUCAGGAAAUUCUGGGGAAAAAUCCGAAGAACUCAGUCAGGAAAUUUCAACACUGAUGCUCCGGGGAUGGCAGAGUUUCGACGCGGUGGGCUCCGGGCAACCGCAGGGCCAAGGCUUUCUAGGACCAGAGACUCCAAGGGUCAGAAAAGUGACGCCGGUGCCCCCUUUGCCCAGUGGAGCACAGAACGUGUGUGUGCGUGGCUGGAGGACUUCGGCCUGGGUCAGUACGUGAUCUUUGCCAGGCAGUGGGUGACUUCUGGCCACACUUUACUGUCAGCUACCCCUCAGGACAUGGAAAAGGAGUUAGGAAUUAAGCAACCUCUGCACCGGAAGAAGCUGGUUUUAGCAGUGAAAGCCAUCAACACCAAGCAGGAGGAGAAGUCCGCACUGCUCGACCACAUCUGGGUGACACGUUGGCUUGAUGAUAUUGGCUUACCCCAAUACAAAGAUCAAUUUCAUGAAUCCAGAGUUGAUGGGCGAAUGCUACAAUAUCUGACUGUGAAUGAUCUCCUCUUCUUAAAAGUCACGAGCCAACUACAUCAUCUCAGCAUCAAGUGUGCCAUUCAUGUGCUACAUGUCAAUAAGUUCAACCCCCACUGCCUACACCGGCGGCCAGCUGAUGAGAGUAACCUUUCUCCUUCAGAAGUUGUACAGUGGUCUAACCACAGGGUGAUGGAGUGGUUGCGAUCUGUGGACCUGGCGGAGUACGCGCCCAAUCUUCGUGGGAGUGGUGUCCAUGGAGGCCUCAUUAUCCUGGAGCCCCGCUUCACUGGGGACACCCUGGCUAUGCUUCUCAAUAUUCCACCGCAGAAGACGCUCCUCAGACGUCACCUAACCACCAAAUUCAAUGCCCUGAUUGGUCCUGAGGCUGAACAGGAAAAGCGAGAGAAAAUGGCCUCCCCAGCUUACACACCACUGACCACCACAGCCAAAGUCCGGCCAAGGAAACUGGGAUUUUCACAUUUUGGAAACAUAAGAAAAAAGAAAUUUGAUGAAUCGACAGACUACAUUUGCCCAAUGGAGCCCAGCGACAGUGCUGGUGACAGUCACAGGGUCUACAGUGGCUACCGGGCCCUCAGCCCCCUCGAUGCCCCUGAACUGGAUGGGCUGGACCAGCACCGGUGGAAACACACGAACUUGGACACUGGUCCAGAGGUCAUGGAUGAUUCCCAGAGGCUUGGCUCUCGGGCCCUCCACUGUGCUUCCAGUUGA